CCCCCCAAACGCCCCAUGUACUUGCCAUUGCAUCGCAGUGUAUUUGUCAUCAGUAAAAAUGGAUAAUAUUGUACGUUCAAAAAGAAAUUGCUGCUUAGUUGGGUGCAGCAAUAGUGAAUUUAGGAAUCCUGAGUUGCAUUUUUAUGGAUUUCCAGGCAAAAGUUAUGAAACUGAAAGGGAAGAGAAGUGGAUUGCUGCUGUCAAACGCCAAAGACCGGAUGGGAAACCAUGGACUCCAAAUAAAAAUUCACGAAUUUGCAGUGCACACUUUGUAGGAGGAAAAAAAUCGAACAACAUGCAUGAUAUUUCAUAUUAUCCGACUAUUUUUCCUGCUGUUUAUAAUCGUAAACCUCCUAAUGAAGAAAGAAUUGAACGUUUGAAAAAUCGAAAUGCUCGUUCAAAUGGAGUGAAACCAUUGUCGAAAUGUGAUGCUAAAGUUGGAAAUGAUUCCAUCGAAGUUGAGCCUGAGGAGGAAUUUGGGGAAGAAGUCAACCAAGAAUUGGAGAAGAUAGCUGUGGAAACAUCCAGUGUUGGCAUACAGACGGAUCCAAUGAACGAGCAAGAUCUUUACAACUCUAAUAUCAGUUUUUUAUAUUGUGAUCGUGAACAUGGAAAAAAUGAUACAACCGAUGUAUCAAUUCAAACCGAAAUUAAUUUUUCUAAACCUCAACGAGAGAAAAUAAUCAUUCCUGAAAAAUAUUGUAAAGAGAUGAAGGAUACUGGAUGUGGUCCCGAUGAGCCAACCACAGUAGGAUUUCAAGGAUAUUCAGAUAUAAAAUCAGACGUUACAAUGCGUCAACUUGCUGGUGUCACUAUUCAACUUUUCAAUAUUCUAUUGAAUCUUGUCGAUGAUCGUCGAAAUAAUGGGAAACGUAUUUAUUAUAAAUCAAUCGGUAAAGAAAAUCGAUAGCUCUUAUUUCUAAUGAAAUUCAAACUUGGAAUUUCUUUUUGUGCUCUUGGUUGUUUGUUUCAUGUCCACAGUAGUACCGCAUCUCGAAUUUUUUAUUCGUUACUUGAAAUUUUGACAAUGAAAACAAAGUCAUGGAUUUUUUGGCCUUCACGAGAAAGUGUAAAAGAAAAUCUUCCCACGUCAUUUUAUAAUUAUCCCAACUGUCGAUGCAUCAUUGAUUGUACUGAAAUAUCGUGCGAUACACCCCCACUUUGGGGCAACGCAUUCUCACAUACUCAAAUUACAAGGGUAAAUUCACUCAGAAAUUUUUAAUAGCCAUUACUCCAGAUGGUUUAAUUUGUAAAGUAUCACAAGCAUAUGGAGGGAAAGCGACCGAUGCAGUCAUAGUAAAUGAUUCAGGUUUUCUGUCAUUAUUAGAACCAGGGGACGAAGUACUAGCUGAAAAGGGAUUUCCACAAAUUCGUUCUGAAAUGAUGACAAGAAAUGCUAUUCUUACUAUUCCUCUUCACGCAAUGAAUCCUCAAUUUACUGAAGAGGAAGUCGAAUGCACUUAUAAUAUUGCAUCCGUACGUAUCCACAUCGAACGAAGUAUCCAACGAAUGAAACUCUUACAUAUAUUAGACCACAUUCCGAUCGAUUUCCUUCCUUAUGUAGAUUCCAUAAUGCACAUAUGUGGUAUCAUCGCCAAUAGUAUGCCACCAUUGAUAAAAAAUUCGUGAAAAGAAUAAAAACGAGAAAAAUAAUAUAAAAAAUACAUUCAUAAAUAAUUAAA